CGCAUCUGAAUACAACCAUUAGUUUGCCGGCUGAAGGAAGAACUGUAAACAUUUUUAUCUUGAAAAGCAGCUGUAAAUAUGAUUUUAAUAGCGGUAGUCAUUUUAUUUGUUCAUAGCUUAGUGGAUGCUAUGGAACCUUCGUGUCCUAAAUACGAUCUUGAAGAAAGACUCAUUGAACGCGUGAUUAAGAAUGAAGUGGAAAUAAAACACCUGCAUGACGAUAUAUCAACGGUACGUGAAGAGAUCGGAGAAGUGAGCCGCAGGAUUAUUCAGCUGGAUCUCGCCUCUGGUUUCCGCUUUCAGCAGCUGUCUGAGAGUCUAAUGGAGAAUAUGACUCGUUCUCUCGCGGCGCUUGAAACUGCCCGAGAUAUAGUAGUGGCUGAAAUGACCCGGCUCAAAGGAACCAGUAUAUGGCCGCCAAAAAUAAAGUUCACUGCCAAUAACCCAGUUGACAAAUCUUUGGACAAUGGACAAACUAUCGUGCUUCAGAGUGUGGUCAUCAACGAUGGUCAAGGGUACGACCCAAGUACAGGUAUAUUCACGUGUCCCUUCAGUGGUCUUUACACAUUCUCACUCCAACACUGUGUAGACAGGGAGAAAUAUUCUCAUGUCGGCAUAGUGAAAGACAACACCAUGCUAGUUGCCGGUGUAGCGUACGGUACAACGUGGUGGCCAUGUAGCUCUAUGCAAGCGUUUGUCAGUCUGAGGAAAGGUGAGAAGGUUUGGAGCAAGGCUAACUGGAAAAGCUAUCUACACCAUGAUAGCGCAAGGUGGACAAGUCUUAGUGGGGUGUUGCUGCGUCCUGAAGCUUGAAGUACCGUGCAAAUGCUGCCAAGCUAUGAGGCUUAUUCCCUGACAUAUUUUUCAGUGUUUAGAAGGUUAUGACAAUCACAUUUCAACCAAAGUCAAACCACAUAAAGUAUAUAUAUUUAUACAAAAAUAUAACCAUUGCUUAAAUAAGAUCAAAGUUACGCUUAAAUCGUUUAUAUACAAUUUUAAAUAACAGGUUACAUGUUUCAUAUGUUACCAAAUGGAUAAAAGUGUUUUCAAUAUUAAAUUACACCAUUGGCUAAUGUAAUGUAUACGAGAACCACUUCAUACUGUGUUUGUAUUUCCAGAUGAAUGAAAUCAAAUGUAUAAUUUGUA